GGUUUUAGAUCUUUUCCGCCUCUCAUACAAACCACGAGAGAAAGGGGGAGCACCCAAUCCGAUUUAGGGUUUGAAUCGUCGAUUGAGAUUCCGUCAUGUACAACGGAAUAGGGUUACAGACCCCGAGAGGGUCCGGAACCAAUGGCUACAUCCAGACCAACAAGUUCUUCAUCAGAUCCAAGACCGGCAAGGUCGCCGAGAAUUCCAGAGGCUUCGAAGGUGACCAGGGCAUGGCCGGCGUCUCCAAGAAGGCCAACCGUGACAUCCUCGAACACGACCGCAAGCGCCAGAUUGAGCUCAAGCUCGUCGUCCUCGAGGACAAGCUCACCGAUCAGGGCUUCACCGAUUCGGAGAUCGCCGACAAGGUCGCCGAGGCUCGGAGGACUCUCGAAGCCGCCGCCUCCGCCUCCAUGGGUGGGCCCACUGCUGUUGUUUUCGGAGAUAAGAAGGUGUCAGAUACGCAGACUCAUCAAAUUGCAGCUAGGAAAGAGAAGCAGAUGGAAAACUUAAGAGAUGCUCUUAAACUGAAGCCUGAAGUUACAGAAACAAUUGAUGAUGAGAUUGAGGAGGGACUAAUAAUUAGUCCGAGGAAUGAUGAUAGUAGGCCUUAUGAGAGAAAAGAGCAUUCGUUUUUGGAUAGGGAAUCUGGAUGGAAGAAAUCAGUGGAUGAUAAACAGAAGGUUGAGAAAGAUAAGAAAAGGAGUGUGAAGGAAUCUAGGCGGAAAAAGAAGAAAGGAAGCAAGAAGAGAAGGCAUAAUGAUGAGUCUUCUGAUACAGAUAGCAGUGGUAGCCCUCUGAAACCUGAUAAGAAGAAAAAACGACGGAGUAGAAGUAGCAGCAGUGAAGAAGAUGAUUCUGAGGUUGAUAAGUCAAAAAAGGUUGAGAAGUCCAAGAAACGGCAGAAGAGGUAUGAUUCAGAAGUUGAUGUUGAUAAGAAGCGGAAGGUUGUAAAGAAGCAUAGUAAAAGCCGAAACGAUAGAGCUGAUGAUUCUGAUAUCAGUGAUGAUGCGGUGGCCAGAUCCAGAAGGGAAAUUAAGAAAUCUAAACAACCUCAUCAGGGGCAUGAUUCAGAUGAAGAUGAUGUUGACAAGAAGAGGAAGGUUGUAAAGAAGCAUAGUAAAAGCAGAAAUGAUGAUACUGAUGAUUCCAUUGCCAGUGAAGAUGGCAAGGAUAGAUCCAGAAAGGAAGUCAAGAAAUCCGAACAACCUCGUAGGAGGCAUCAUUCAGAUGAAGAUGGUUCUGAAGAUAAUGCUGACAAGAAGAGGACGGUUGUAAAGAAGCAUAGUAAAAGCAGAAAUGAUGUUGCUGAUGAUUCUGCUUCCAGUGAAGAUGCCAAGGACAGAUCCACAGAGGAAGUCAAGAAAUCCCAACAACCUCGCAGGAGGCAUGAUUCAGAUGAUGAUUCUGAUUAUUCUGAAGACUUGCAAAAGAGUAGAAUUGAUAAGAUCAAACAUGUGAAACCAAACACAAGGCAUGACUCCGGGGAUGAGUCUGAUCUUGACAGCAGAAGGGAGAGGAAGAGUAGCCAAGUUGAGCUGCAAAGGAAUAAGCAGGGCAGCCGCAGGGUAGAUCGAGAUGAUUUUGAUGUGGUGAAAGCUGACAAUGUUAGAAGUGAAAAAAGCAGAAAAUCUUAUGAUGUUGCUAGUGAUUCUGACUAUGAAAGAUCUAGAAAAAGUAGAGGUGCAAUAACAGAAAAGAGUAGAAGAGUUGACAGAAAUGAUGGUAUCAAUGAUGAUACAAGUAUUGGGAGAAAACUUGGAAGGGUUGAAGAGGGUGAUGGAGAUUCAGACUAUGAACGAGCCAGCAAAAGUAGCGGUGCAAUAACAGAAAAGACUAGAAAAAAUGACAGGAAUGAUACCAACAAUGAUGCUAAUACUGGUAGGAACCCCGGAAGAGUUGAAGAAGAUGAUGGAGGACGUGGAAGGCACAAUAUUGGUGAACUUCAAAGAGGAAGGAAGCAUGAAAGAGAUGAAGUGGACCGUGAUUAUAAAAGGCCCAGGGAAGGUCUGGAAAAGGAGAUUGGAAAUAGAAAGCGAGGCAUGGGAGAGGAAGAAGGGGUGAAGGAGGAUAUUGAGAGGGAUAGACAUAUGGAUUACAAGAGAGCAAAAUAUGAUGAGUCAUUCAGUGAGAGGAGAAGGCAUGAAACAGUCAGACAUAAUGAGGAGGAGCAUAAGUCUAGCAGGCAUGGAGAAGAUGAAGUGAAUCGUGGAAACAGAAGACAUGGAAAACUGGAGGACCAACGGGGAAAUAAGGAGAGUGAGAGUGAUAGACGAGAUCCCAGAUCAAGUGAGAGGAGAAGGCAUGAAACUAUCAGACAUAAUGAAGAGGAGCAUAAGUCUAGCAGACAUGGAGAAGAUGAAGUGAACCGUGGAAACAGAAGACGUGGAAAACUGGAGGAACAAGGGGGAAAUAGGGAAAUCGAGAGUGAUAGACAGGAUUUCAGAUCAAGUGAGAGAAGAAGGCAUGAGAAUGACAGGCAUAAUGACGGUCGGUCUAGGCCACGCGACUGAUUCUAUGCUUACGUGGUCUCAAAACUUUGUUAAGUGAAAGAUCAUCUACUGUUGGGAGCUGCAUUUUAUUCCUUGGUGGCCGAGAUGGAGUUGUGGAUGGGUUUAUCGUUGGCAUUUUGAAUAUUAGUAUCUCUGGGGUCUGUAUGAGAUAACGUAAAACAGUUUAAAAAAUUACUUCUGUCUGAGUCGAGUCUUUGAAUAUUCUUGUUGUUUGUCAAAUACAAUCAUCUCUUUAUAUUUUGUAUGAAGGAUCCGAAGUCUCGAGUGUACCGGCCUCAUUAGCAGGUUGAGUUUAUCUAUCAUUUGAGUGCUAUUUUGUGCUGAAUUGAUAACUGUUGAAG